UCAUUCUUACCCAUCAAACCAUAGCAGCAUAUUGCUUUUCAGCUGCUAAGCAGCCUUCUGUCCAAGUUACAUUUUCUUCCUCUUAUUCCUUUGUUUUUCUGUUGGGAUCCAAAGUUGAGUUUGCCAAUGCGAACGUUUCCUUUUUGCCGAGGAGCACUUUUGUGCUGCUCGGUGAUCUUGCUCUUCACAUUAAGUUUCUGCUAUGGUAGUGACCAGACAGUUGAGGUAGUUGGUCUUGGGGAAUGUGCAGACUGUGAGCAGAGUAACAUUAAGACUAGCCAUGCCUUUUCAGGGCUUCCCGUGACAAUUGAUUGCAAGCAAGCAAAUGGACACUUCAGGACCAGAGGAGUAGGGAAGCUCGAUGAAGAAGGAAAGUUUGAAGUGUCUCUUCCUCAGGAGAUCGUGAAAGACGGACAACUAAAUGAAGAAUGCUAUGCGCAGCUUCACAGUGCAUCAGCUGCACCAUGCCCUGCCCACAAUGGCCUAGAAUCCUCAAAAGUUAUAUUCAAGUCCAAAGCCAAUGGAAAACAUACCUUUGGGCUGGCUGGUAGACUCAAAUUCUCCCCUGUGACAUGUACUUCAGCCUUCCUGUGGCCUCACCACAAACACCCACCACUACCCAAAUUGCCGCCUUGGCCGAAAAUGCCACCUUUUCCUCCCCAUCCACACUGGAAGAACUUUGGUCAUAAAUUCCCUUACCCCCCUAAGGUCUUUCCCCCACUACCACCAAAGGUCUUCCCUCCCAUAUAUAAGAAGCCUUUGCCGCCAAUUCCAAAGUUCAAGAAGCCACUUCCACCUCCAGUACCUGUAUACAAGAAGCCUCUUCCCCCACCAGUGCCUGUAUACAAGAAGCCACUUCUGCCACCAGUACCUGUAUACAAGAAGCCUCUUCCUCCGCCUGUUCCAAAGUUUAAGAAACCACUUCCACCGCCGAUACCUAUAUAUAAGAAGCCACUUCCUCCGCCAUUUCCAAAAUUCAAAAAGCCACUUCCACCUCCCAUUCCAGUAUUCAAACCGAAACCACCAAUUUUCAAGCCUCCUUCAAUCCCAAAGAUCUAUCACCCACCUCUGCCAAAAUUCAAAAAGCCCCUUCCUCCUCCCAUUCCAAUCUACAAACCAAAACCCCCGGUAUACCAUAAACCUCUUCCACCAAUCCCAAAGAUCCCUCCAUAUUAUAAGAAGCCUUGCCCACCCCUUCCUAAAGUCCCACUUCAUCAUAAACUUCCUCCUAUUCCAAAGCAUCCCAAGUAUUUCCCCCACCCCAAGUUCGGAAAGUGGCCCCCGUUGCCACCUUUUCCUCCUCAUCCUUAGAUCACCGCAGUAUAUGUUCCAAAUGUAAGGGGAAACGAUGUUGUUUUAUUUAAUUAAGUCUGGUGUGGAAAUUUAAUACUGUAAUAAAGCCUCAAAGAAAGAGAUGAUGCAAAUGAAAAGGCUUGGAGAGAGAGAGAGAGAGAGAGAUGUGAAUCAAUAUUUAUUACUUGUCGAAGUUAUAGGCCGUGUGUGGAUGAUUCCUUUUAGUUUUACAUUUAGAGGUCCGAAUGCAUUUGACUUGCUGUAAUAAUUGUACUUUCUUGUCUUGCAAAAUAUAUAUCCUCCAUUUUGCGAUAA